AUGUUCACUUAUAGCACAAUAUUUGUUAACUGUUGUUAUAUCAAUAGCACACAACGCGGUCUUUACGUUUUCGUUGAUUUUGGCAUUCUGGUGGACAAUAUAGGUGCGAAUAUUUAUCGUAAAACGUCGGUAUUAGCAAUCGUAGCCGAUUGCAAAUGUCCAUUUGGUUGUUGUUUAAUUCCUUGCUUCAUGGAAAAAUGUAGGAAUGUGGACCACAUCUGCCCCAAUUGUCGAUCGUACCUGGGAACCUACAAGAGAUAAUCAUAUUAUUUAAAAAAAAUAAAAGCAUCACAAAUUAUAAUUUAAAAGAAUAAAUGCUGGCAAUAUUUACAUGUUAAUAUAAUUAUAAUAUUUUUUUCGAAAAAUAAGACAUUUUAUCCCUUUUUGUGAUUUGUUUAAGCCAG